UUUAUCUCUAUUUUUGAUAUCCCUUUUACCAAAAAAAUAAAGUGUAUUUAAUAUAAUGUUCAUUGCAAAUUGCAAAAGCCUUCAAAUUAGUUCUCAAAGAAAAGAAAAGGAAGCCAACAUUGUUGUAUAAUGGCAAAGAUUAAGAGUGUUAGUUAUGUUUUGUGUCACUUAGUUUUAGUGCUUGUGAAUAUAUAUAUUUUUAGGAAAAUGUAUUAUUAUGAUAAUGAGAAAUUGAGUUGGAGCCAAAGAGCAGCACAAGAAGCAGAAAAAGUUGCAUCAAUUUCAUGUUCUGGCCAUGGAAGAGCCUAUAUUGAUGGUUAUGUUAAUGUUGAUGGAAACCCUAUUUGUGAAUGUUAUUCUUGUUAUGGUGGCAUUGAUUGCUCUUUAUUUUCCUCCAAUUGUUCUGCCAAUGUUGAAAGAGGUGAUCCUCUAUUCUUGGAACCAUUCUGGAUGCAAAAUGCAGCUAGCAGUGCAGUAGUAGUGGCAGGAUGGCAUAGAAUGAGUUAUGCAUUUCCUAAUAAUCAGUCCUUUAUAUCCAAAGAACUUGAGAAAAGCAUAAGAAAAAUACAUGCAAUUGCCAAGAAUGCUAUUACACAUGGAAAAUACAUUAUAUUUGGAACAGGCUCUACUCAGCUUCUACAUGCUGCAGUUCAUGCUCUUUCUAUGGAUAAUAAUUAUUCAACAAAAGUAGUUGCAAAUAAAAUCCCUUAUUAUUCGCUUUAUAAGCUUCAAACGGAAUACUUUCAAACACGUCAUUGUGAAUUUGGAGGAGACUCAUCCAUGUUGAAGAACAACUCAGAUUUUGCUGGAAAUGUGAUUGAGUUUGUGACUUCACCAAAUAAUCCAGAUGGAAAUUUGGAAAGUCCAGUUCUAAAUGGUCCAAAUGUGAAGCACAUUUAUGAUCAUGCUUAUUAUUGGUCUCAUUAUACAGCAAUUCCAGCUCCUGCUGAUGAAGAUCUCAUGAUUUUCUCUAUGUCUAAGCUCACUGGUCAUGCUGGAUCCAGAUUUGGGUGGGCAAUUGUGAAAGAUGUGAAUGUGUAUAAAAUGGGUACCUCAAAGGAUGUUCAGUUGAGGGCUUUAACACUAUUGAAAGUUGUUGCUCAAGGAGAUGGCAAACAACUCUUCAAUUUUGCACAACAAAUCUUGACGGAUCGAUGGAAAAAAUUGAGUCAUAUCUUCUCCCUUACUAAACGUUUUAGCCUCCAAACAAUUCCGACUCAGUAUUGCAUAUUUUUUGAAAGAACAAGAGAGCCAUCUCCAGGUUAUGCAUGGGUGAAGUGUAAGAGGAAAGAAGAUAAAAACUGUCAAGAAAUCUUCAGAGUUGCAAAACUCACAGGUCGUACAGGUAGACAAUUCUUUGCAGGAGAUCGUUAUGUUCGAUUCAGCUUGCUGAGAGGCCAACAUGGUUUUGACAUGUUGAUCCAUCGACUGAAAGAAUUGAUCUCCCAAGAAUAUGAAGCCAAUGCACAAGCCAUGUCAAGUUUUUAACUAUUAGAUGAUUAUGCAUAUCUUCCUUGAGAUUUCAUCAUGUAAUAUUUAUUUACCUGAUAUAUAAUUUAAAAUAUCAUGUAAACCUUCCUAGAUUUUAAGUAGGAGUGCGUCUAUACUAGUUAGUAGAAGUGUAUUGUCUUGGUUCCCUUAUCAGCAAGCGUAAUACUACUCCUGUAGUUUCUUGUUCUUCAACUUAUGUUACUAUAUGUUGUUUCGUAUGGUUCGAUUAUAGGAUUAUUAUUGUAGUAUUGUUUUGCUACUA